AUGACGGCCUCUAUGGAGCAGCGUUCUCGAGAGGGUCACUGGUCUAGAUUAGUGGGAGCCCAAUGUACCAAUAAACUAAAAAUGGAAAGAAUAAUAGCUUGUUCCUUGUUAGUGUGUAUUCUAAACGUGAAAGCUUUGAAUCUUCCUGGACCUUUAGUGUAUGUAGUUACUCCGUCCACGCAAACAUCAAGUGCAAAUGAAGGUAGAUCAGCGCCGUUUUAUUAUCGAAACUGGAUGCGGCGGAUGGACACAGGACCUAAUUCGACAUCUACGACUACAACAACUGUCAAGACACCGGAUUUAAUAUUUGCUGAAUUUGAAUCAGAAUCUAACAACAACAUGAAGAAAUCUAUAAGGAAAUUAUUGGAAAAAGAGAGAGUAGAAGCGAAGACAAGUACCAGCACAUCAACGACAUCGAGGCCAAUAUAUGUACCAGAAGACGAUUCGGACGACGGUAUUCAUAAAAAUGAAUUCACCUCAUCAAAUUUGGAAGAUUAUGAGGGAAAACAACAAAGCGGCAGUGAGAUGACUGAUUAUUUUACUUUGUAUAAUAAUAUAAACCAUAAUGUUCCCGCUCCUGUUUACCAGACCUCCACCACUCGGGCAACAACGACACGAACGAUCUCUACGACCUCACCUACGACCAUCACACCAGCUGCGAUGAACGUUGAGAAUAUUUGGCACAUUAUUGAUAAGGAGAAACAAGAUGACGACGUCGGAAAGUGGAAUGAAGUUUCUUUAAAUUCCAGUAACGAUGAAAGUAGCCUCGGAGAAUCUAAUGAGGACAGAAACAAAAACAACCAAGAGUUUGAUGACAACUUUGCCUUACCAGGAUUUGGCAAGAAUCCUGGCCAUGGAGCAGAAAAUGAAUCUCGAGCUAUUCGCACAGAACCAAAUAUACGAUUUCCAUAUGUUAGUUUAAAACCAUUUCAAAUGAAAAAACCACUCAUUAAUACAUUUUACAAUAGUAAAAAAGGAAAUAAUGUAUUUACUAAUUUGGACAGCUUCCAAGAACUCAAAAAUCCUGUAAGAGGAGAGGCCCAGGAUGUAGUUACUUUGCAUCAACCUAUCGAUCGGUAUAAUCCAGCACAGCCAUAUUUACCACAAGAGUAUGGCAGUAAAUCAAAACAGUCCAGUCCAAGUUCGAAACCAAUAAAAUCCGUUGCGAAAUUAGUGCCUCCCCCACUGCCACCAGCCCCUCAAUUAACCGCGGAUGAUUUUCCUGCGCCGACAAAUUACGAGUCGUUUCCUCCUUACCCUCCUUCAAAACCAGUGUCUUCAAUGCUACCUUCCCCUGCCCUAGAUCCUCUUUCUUAUAAGCCACCAAAUAUAGCCUCGGUUGAUAUUUCUCAAGAUGAUAAUAAUGACGAUGGCCCUCCAAUGGAUGAAGGAUAUCGAUAUAAACCUCCUUCACCGUCAGGCUUUGUACCAACUGUCCCACCAGUAAGCAAUCCAUUUGAUAGUUAUAAACCAAUGAUGGCUGCUGACACACCAGACCCUUCUUUACAUUCGGAAGGUUACUCUUAUAAGAAACCAUCGGUAGCAUUUGAUUCUCCACCACUUAUGGAUACAGAUAUGAGCAGCAAUUCUUACAAUAAGCCGCAGCCAGAUAUGAAUAUGGAUAAUGAUAAACCUGACUUUAAUGGAUAUCAUUACGAUAAGCCAAUUCCAACAAAAGAUCAUCACUCGGAAUCACCAGCAAACCCUAGUUAUGGAUCACAUGAAACACCGCCAUUCCACCAUGACGCCGACUAUCCUGAAUUAAUAUUUGACAAGCCGCAUGGACAUAAAGGUGCAGAUGACUCUAAAGACAUGGGUAUGAUGAUGCCACCACCACCACAGGAUAUGCCGCCCCAAGAUAUGAAAUCAGAAAUGGACGCAGGUUCACCUCCAGAUGAUCAUGGAUUUCCACACGAUUUCCCUGGUGAUUUUAAAUAUCAUGACUUUGAUCAUGAUCAUGACUUCUAUCAUCACCAUCAUCAUCACACAACGACAACAACAACAACGGAAAUGCCUCGUGUAAACAGAUAUAGUUAUUAUUAUUUGGGAAAGAAACUUUACUAUUUACCACUUUAUUUCAGCGUAUAUUUUAUAAUCUACGUAGGAGCUUUAAUCAUAAAAGCCGUGUUGCGACAUAAGAUCGUUUACCCCAACAGUUGGCGUCCUAAUGACCAGACAGCAUCAUUUUUCUCUAAAAGAUCUGUAAAUUCAUGGGACUUAUCACAUGAAAACUUACAUGAAAUAACUGGCAGAGUUACAAAAGCUAUAGCUGAUGCAGCGGAGAAGUAUACAAAUGGAAAGGAUAAGUCUGAUUAA